AUGGGGAGAGACUCACCCGAGGUCACCGGCGAGCGCUGGAGCAUAACAAUGUCACCUGGGUUCUACACUAAUCUUCUCAACCAAAGCUCUAAAGAUGUUUUCCUGUCCCAGGAAAUUAUGGAAAGUGAACAUGAGGUCAUAGAGUCACCACCAUCAAAUGAUUUUGGUUCACAGUCAAAAUCAAAGGGCCGUUCCAAGAAUUUCAGUGAAGCUGAAGAUAUUUUGUUGGUUUCAGCGUAUCUUAAUAUAAGUAAAGAUGCUAUUAUUGGAAGGGAUCAAAAGGAUGGCCGAUUUUGGGAAAGAAUUGAGAAGUACUUUCACGUGAAUAGAACAUUUGAAUCAGAUCGUAAUUGGUCAUCGUUGAAGCAUCGGUGGGGUAUAAUUCACAAAGAUGUGAGUAUUUUCCAAGGUUUCCAUGAAAACAUAGAAAGGAGAAAUGAAAGUGGGAAGACAAGUGAUGAUACGGUGGCUGAAGCAAAUGCAAUGUUCCAUGAACUCAGAAAAAAAGCUUUUCCUUUUUUCCAUGCAUGGAACAUUCUUAGGCAUGAGCCAAAGUGGGCUGAAGAUAAAGCUUCUCAUGAACCGAACAAUGCAUAUGUAGAUGAUCAUCUCAAUGCUCAAAGACCUGCAGAAAGGAAAGCUGAAAAGGAAAAAUUGAAAGAGAAAAGGCGCAGCGAUGAUGAGCCUGAUCCUUUCAUUGAAGAGGUUAAAAAAUGA